UCCGAGUGUUUUUGUGAGGGAAUACCGGAAGUAAACCAUAGUGGGGAAUCCCACGUGAGGUCAGACAGCGAGGAAUAUUCAACUGCAUAAACUUCUGCUUACAUUCCGCAACCAUGGCGUCGAUAGAAGAGCUCAAGAAGGACAUCGAGGAACUGAGGAAGUUUGAGAAUGAUUCGACACGACCGCGCGUCCAGAAGGCACUGUCCGUGGAGAUUCGUAAGAUCGAGUCGAUGAUUUCUCUGCAAGAAAACCCUACCCCAGUCAACACAGUUGCUCCGCAGUCCAGUGUCCGACAAGAGGUCAGCAUUUACACUGAGCCGAUCAAAAAGUACGCAUGGGACCAGUCCGACAAGUUUAUGAAGCUGUACGUAACACUGGAUGGCGUACAGGGUAUUCCUGCUGAGAACGUUACCUCCACCUUUACAAACAGGUCAGUGAAGCUCGUCGUGAAGGGCCUCAACAAGAAGAACCAUGAACUGUUCAUUGCUCGGCUCUGUGAAGAGAUCACCCCAGAAACCAGUUACCAUAAGGUGAAGACUGACUGUGUUCUGCUGAUGAUGAAGAAAGCCUCAUCCACCACCUGGGCCUUCGUCACGGAGGCAGAGAGGAAAGCCAAAGAAACAAAAAAACCAUCAGUCAGUGACAAGGAAGACCCCAAUGCAAGUCUGAUGAAGAUGAUGCAGAACAUGUAUGAGGAUGGGGAUGAUGACAUGAAGAGGACGAUCGCCAAGGCAUGGACAGAAGGGCGGGACAAGACACCCACGGAGUGAGGCAACGUAGGGGAUGGGGUGGGCGUGGCAACUGGUGGGUGGGGGGCGUUUUUACCACCGACACAUAAGUAUGACUGUAAUAAAGCCAUUCUGUUAGACUUUUUUCAGAAAUUGUUUUUGUUGAAAGAACUCAUUCUACCAUUGUCUGGUUGUAUUUUCACCCAUGUUUUGAUGUGAAUGUGGCUACAGAUAUCAUGAUAUCAAGCUUCAAUAUUGUUUUCAGUCACUUUAAAUUUAUCUUGAGCAUGCCAAAUUUACUACCCAGGUACCCACCCCGCUAUUACCCGACCCUACCCGGGUACCCACUGUAGGUCUCAAGAGAUAGGUACAAAAUGUCCGAUUGGAAAUAGUAUGACCUUAGCCCUGGACAAA